AUGUCCCUAAUCACUAAAAACCUCACAGGAUUCGUCCUUGGUGCAACCAUUCCUAUUGGUAUCGUCCAAUAUUGGCUCUUGCCUAACGAAAGACUUCAAGAAAAUCAAUCCAGAAUGGAAUUGGCCCACUUGAGAACCCAGAUCAGCGCCAUGAAUUGGGAUUUGAAAAUGUUGGAUAAGUUCCUGAUGUGA